GUUUACAGCGUGAAGUUGACAGCGAUGGACUCAGAAAAGGGAGGAGCUGCUCCCCCGCCUUAUACUGCCCCAGGCUAUCCUUCACCUCAACAAGGCUAUCCUCCCGCACCCCCUCAAGCAAGUUAUCCUCCCGCACUCCCUCAAGCAAGUUAUCCUCCCCAAGCAAGUUAUCCACCUGUACCCCCUCAAGCAAGUUAUCCUCCCCAAGCAAGUUAUCCUCCCGCACCCCCUCAAGCAAGUUAUCCUCCCCAAGCAAGUUAUCCUCCCCAAGCAAGUUAUCCGCCUCAAGCAAGUUAUCCUCCCCAAGCAAGUUAUCCGCCCCAAGCAAGUUAUCCGCCCCAAGCAGGCUAUCCGCCCCAAGCAGGCUACCCCGUACAACAAUAUCCGGCCCAAAAUGUGGUAGUGGGAAAUCCAGGCUAUCCCGGACAAGCAGUUCCAGUUAUUGUUGGUGCUGUUUCUAACUGUAUGGGAUGCAACAUGGAGAGCGGGAUGUAUGGUAGAUACGGAGGUAACGUUGGAGGUCGUUAUGGUCAUAACCAAUAUAACGGGCCGGGGAUUGGAGCGAGACCGUGUAGAAUCUGUCAAGUAGUUUUCAUAGGUGUGGCAGUACUAGUCCUGAUAAUAAUGGGUGCUACAUGGCCCAGUUACAGCUGGGGUCUGCCAAUCCCUCACUUCCCUAUUGUACUCUUUCUGGGAGUUGCUACUAUCUUCUUCAUAUUCAUGUAUUCCAUUACAACGUGCCAGAAGGCUAGAUUCCCCCACACGUGUGACGCCAAAAAGGAUCAAUCUAUAUGGUUGUAACUGAGAUACAGAGGAAAAAAGGAACUUUUGUUUUAGAGAUGGUUUUGAUCUCCGUAACCUUGGUAACCUUGGUAACCUUGGUAACCUUGGUACCUUGGUAACCUUGGUACCUUGGUAACCUUGGUAACCUUGGUAACCUUGGUAACCUUGGUACCUUGGUAACCUUGGUAACCUUGGUAACCUUGGUAACCAUUAACACUUACAAAGUUAGUUAUGAGAUAAGUAAACGUCUCUUAUAAAGAGACUGGCUAAAAAUAUCUGUUAUGUACAGUGUACUCAGGACAUCUUUGGUAUUAAAUGAGACCAUUUAGUGACUUUUAUUAAUUAUUACCACCUCUGUUUCCUUGAAACAUAAUUUAAUAAUUAACAAUAAUAAUUAUUAAUUAUGUUGAGAAAAUCCAGAAGUUGUCAAGUUUUAGCAUAAUCUUGUCAGUUUGCUAAUUUUAAAGAUCUUAAAGGUAAUUAAUAAACAUUGGUAGUAGAAGAAUAUAAAUUAUUUUAUCAUUUUCUUUCAAGAUUUGUGUGCUACAUUUUUAUUGAGUGACCCAGUUGAUAAUGAUGGGUAUGGCGCGCUCGAACUUGCACCCUUUUGAAGUUUUGAUUGCAAGAAAGAGGACGCCUUAUAUAGUUAUAUGGGCAUCACGUGUAACACUAAGUACCCACCCUUUGUACUAAAAUCUCUCUGGAGUUGACUGUAUCUUAAUGUCAGCUGAUUUUAAGAUAAAAAACACGUCUUGAACUACUCUGCUUCAUAAGCAAUACUAGUUCAGUUACGGUUAUGAUGAUAUCCGGUAUUUCUUUUAGAUGAAAACAAGCUGAAACUGGUUUCAGAGCUUAUUUUUUCUAUAUAUUUGGUUUCAUGUUUAUUUUUUCUAAA